CGCGCAGCCAACUUCAAAACCUCGGAACGGCGAGAGCCGGCGGAAACGGAGCCCGCCUGCCGCCCAGAUCCGAUCCGCCUCCCGCUGCUGCGGCCGCGCCGCGUCGCGCUGCACCACCCCCAAACCUCACUCCACCCAGGUAAAUCCCCCCAAAAUUUCAAAUUUCUCCCUUCUACUCCACUAGGGUUUCGCCACACCCACCGUUCUCCAGGGACCGAUCGGCGCCGUGCUUUUCCCGUCCAUGCGGAACCCCUAGCCUUUGGUCUUGGCCCAUGUCCCGCUCCUUCUUCCCGACCUGCGCCUCCCAGAAAGCCGAAAUGGAGGAGAUGUGCAAGGAGAUUGACGACCUGCGUGCCGAGGUGGAGGCGCUCACCGCCGAGCUCCGCGCCAAGUCCGACCUCGCCGACGGCCACAGACGCGCGGGCGCCGACCAGGCCGCGCGGCUGCGGGAGGCUCGGGCCGAGGCCGAGCGGCACGCGCGGGAUGCCGCGGCCAGGGGCGAGGAGGCCGCCGCCGCCGGGGAACGGUGCGGGCAGCUCGCCGCCAAGCUGGCGGAGAAGGAGCAGGCGCUGAGGCACCUCUGCGUGGCGCACGAGGCGCUCAAGGGAAGCCUACGGGAGAAGACCGAGGGGUUUGAGGCAGAGAAGAGGGAGCUCCUCGCGGCGCUGGAAGGCUCCGAGGCCAGGCGGCAGGAGCAGGAGGCCGCCGUGCGCUCGCGCGACGACGAGGUCGCGCGGCUCAGGAGGCUCUUGUCGGAGAAGGAGAGGAAGUGCAGCGACGCUGAGCAGCGGGCGCUGGCGCCAAGGGAGGUGAUGAUGAGGGGUGACAUGCUGGUGAAGCUGGAGGAGGAGAAGGCCGCCGUGGAGGGCAAGCUCAAGUGGAAGGCCGAGCAGUUCAGGCAUCUUGAGGAGGCGCUCAAGAAGGUCCAGGAUGAGUUCAAGGCGACCAAGAGGGAGUGGACCUCAGAUAGGUUAACUUUGGUUGAUCGGAUGGAUGCUCUUGAGACUGAUUUGGAUUCCAAGACCAGGGUUGCGGAGGAUUUCAGGUCGAGGCUUGAGAUGUGCAGCCAGGCGUUGGCACAAGAGGAGGGCCGCAGGAAGCGGCUCGAAGCAGAGAUGUCUGAAUUGCGCAAUAUGUAUGGGAUUGUGGUCUCGGAAUUUGAAGAGGCCAGAUCGACGAUUGAGUCUCUUAGUUCCAAGAGGGAUGUGGAGAUUGCAUCUUUGAGGAGCUCACUGGCUGAGAAGGUCACACUUCUCAAGGAAAUGGGAUACAGUAAAGCACAUCUUGAGCAAGAAAAUGAGGAUUUGCAGUCUUCUUUGAAGGAAUACCAGGAAGCUCAGAUUGGUGGUGCAGAUGCUGUAGUGUCAUUGAAGGGUCUGCGGGAAAAGUUCCGAGCUCUGGAGCAGACACAUAGGAGCUGCACUGAGAAGCUGAGAGAUAAGGAAGCAGAAUGGAGAAUGCAGAUGCAGAAGCUUGGCAAUGACUUGGAUGUAUGCUUGUCACAGUUAGAUUCCAAAGAUACGCUUAUCAGGGACUUGCAGAAUGAGUUGCUGAGCAGUUAUAGCUCACUGGAGCUGCAAAUUGUGGAGAACUGGGAAGCUUCAAUAAUGCUUACUGCUGUAGAGUCUAAAUUUUAUGAUUCCUGCUCAUGUAUUGAUACUAUUAAAGUGAAUAUGCAGCAUAAUUGUGAAAAACUUGAGAAGGAAAUUGCUUCUGCCAAAAAACAGUUGGAAGGUAAAGACUGUGCCAUUAUUCAAUCUCAAGUUGAGCAGAAAAAGCAGUCAGAGGUAAUAGCAAGGUUGCAUGGAAGAAUUGAGGAACUAGAACAUAUGGAACAAGAACAUGAGAAGAUGCAAAGGCCGCUUGAUGCAUACAAAGAGAUGCUUGACGACACAUCAAGAGAUGUUCACUGUUUAAAAGAUGUAGCUUCAGAGAAAGAAAAUAGCCUGCAGGAGAAAUUGAGGACGGCAUUAGGUGAUCUUGAUGAAGCAAACUGUGCCCUUGCUGACAUGAAGAGUGAGCUGUGCCAGCUAGAAAUCAAUCUUCAUCAGCAAAAGCAAGCAAUUGAGCAUCUAGAAAAACUGAAAGUUGAUAUGGAAACUGAACUCAAGGGUUAUAUGGGUGACAACUGUAUACUGAAGAGAGAUCUGGAUGCUGCUCUUGCUGCUAAAAUGGAAGCUGAGUUGCUUAGAGAAGAAAAGGUGAAGCUACUAGGCGCUCUCGAUGAAGCAAACUGUGCCCUUUCUGAGAGGAACAACGAGCUGAACCAAUUAGAGAUCGAUUUUCAUCAUCAAAAGCAAGCAUUGGAGCAUUUAGAGAAACUGAAGGUUGGUAUAGAAACUGAACUCAAUAUCUAUAUGGAUGAAAACCAUGUACUACAGAGAGAUCUGGAUGUUGCUCUUUUUGCUAAAACAGAGGCUGAGAAGUCUCAGACACAAGAAAAAGAGAAGCUAUGUGGCAUAAUUAAUGAGAAAGGUAGGAUGAUUGAUGAGCUUCAGCAACACAUCACUAUACUAGAAGAAGAAAACCUGGGCCAAAAACUUGAUUUGGGAAGUCUUAUCAAGUUGGAGCAUGAGAAAUUUAUUCAAGAAGUGAAAAACCGACACUCUGAAAUUAUUGAGGUAUUUGACGAAAAACUUCUGGAACUUGAAAAAAGGCUUAAUUUCUUUGAGCAGAAAUUCACAUGCAAGGAGCAGGAGAUGAUGGAUAUGUUUGAUCAAGAAGAAGCAGAUUGGUGUACACUAAUUGCAGAGAAAGAAAUUGCUAUUGCUGAUAUUCAACAAAUUGUCGAAUCUGUUCAACUUGACACCAAACAGCUUCUUGAUGCUGCAGCAGCAAAAGUCAUAGAAGUUCAGCUCGAGGUUAAGCAACUUUAUGGUUUUGCAGAAACUCUGAAUUCACUUUACAUCAUCCAAGAGCAUGAUAGUGUUUUCAAGGAUAUGGUUGUUGCAGAAUGCGAAAGAGAAGUUGAGUCCCUGCAGGUGAAUUUAGUUCUAGAGAAAGAAGUGUCAGGAAAUCUGAAGAAUCUUAUCCAGCAGCUCAAAUCUGAUACUACUGCAGAAAUGCUAGAAAAGGCAAAGGAGCAUCUGGAAGUUACAAAUAAGCUGAAAUCGCUGGAAGAAAGAAAAGAAAUAUUAGAAGAGCAAUUGGGAGAGUUAAAGUCGAGAACAACAUAUCUGUCUAGUGUUGUUCUUCAAGAGAGGAAUGAGCUGGUUGAUGAGCUGACUGGAUUCACCAAUACCAUUGGGAAGGUAAUUCAUGGAGGUGAAGACCUGAUGUCAAAUUUGAGAAGGAUCAUGCAGAAAGUUGAUGACGAGGAACAUUGCAAUGAUAGGCCUAGCUCAGGGAAAAUCAUUGUGAGAAGUUCUGAACCUUUGACCAGGAACAAAUCAGGGCAUCUCCCAGAUAGAAGACCACCUCUGAAGGAGCAUAACUAUUAGUCUUGGUACGUUGUAGGUAGGUCAGAUUGUGUACUGACAUUGUUGUAAUGUUUGUACCCUGUUUUCCCAGAAUCCUGCCUGUAGAUUUUCCACCUUUUCUUUUCCUUCCCUUAGUGCCAUCUGUUAUUUACAUGCAAUGGCUGUGGGUUAUCCAACAUUUCUUUUUAUCGAAUGCAUUUCAAUUACAUAUUUUCCCCAGUGCUGAAUGAAAUGAGCCCUAUU